UUCUCACGCAAAGAGCCUCCAUCCUCGACUUGGCAUAAGCAAUUGUGCUGCACUACAGCUUGUCUUUCUUCCACUCCCGUAUGCUUGAUGAUGAACGACUCGACGCUCUCCGAACAAGGCACAAUAGCCAGUCUUAUAUGGGGUCCCAUACUGGUCGGAACAUUUCUCAAUAUUCUCCUAUAUGGGGUUUUCAUCGCCCAAGUUUACAUGUAUUAUACUACAUAUCAUAGGGAUAGACUGAGCUUACGAAUUUUUAUCGCACUCCUCGUCGUUGCAGACACCCUGAAUACAGCAUUUCAGAUGGAACAGAACUAUGAUGCUAUGGUCAGCCAUUUCGGUGACGUCGGCUUCAUCCAAAAGGCGACAUGGGUGUUUCGUACCGAGCCAGCAAUGACAGCUCUCAUCGAGAUGCUGGUUCAAAUAUUCUACGCAUGGAGAAUCAAGGUCCUAAGUAGUAGUAUGUGGGCCACAUUACUCGUCCUCCUCUUUGCAAUUCUCCAGUGCUUGGCCGGUAUUGCGACUGCCGUGGCCGUGGCUUUUGUUCCGGACUUUCUUCACUUCCGUGUAUUUAAGCCAGCAGUCAUCGUAUGGCUAUCUUGUACAGCUAUAUGUGACUGUUUGAUCACUUUGAUUCUCGUUCUGUAUUUAAGAAAACACAAGACUGGUGCACAAGUUACCGAUGGACUUGUCGACAAGAUCGUUCUGCUUACUGUGCAGACCGGUGCCCUUACUUCUAUCAUCGCCACUAUCGACCUCAUUCUCUUCGUAGCGAGUCCCUCUGGCCUACAUCUAGCAUUCAACAUACCAUUAUCUAAACUAUACACCAAUGCCCUCCUAUCGAGCCUCAACGCAAGAGGGGGAUGGGCACGCGACAGUAACCACACGCCGUCCACAGCACCCAGAAGCACGGCUGAUGCUUCCUUUGGUCAUCAAAUCCGCUGGCGUCCCAUAUAUGUCGCCGAAGAACUUACGACACUGCCAGAGGAGAAUACCAAUAGAAGUUCGUACGAAGUUGCAACGUUUGACGAAAUGAACCGCCCAAGAAGCGAAUCCGUCAAGGAGGCUCAGGGUGAAAUCCAACUGUCAGCUUCGGGAGAUCGAAAGAGUAUUUCAUUCUCGCACACGCUGGAGCCUUAGGGAGAGGGUCUUAUGCUGUGGCUGUGGGUGGGAGUCGAAUGGAUCAUUCACAGCAGUAAACGUUCAGACUUUGGCACCGAUUUCUUGUUUCCCCGUCAGACGCCUAUGUCGGCUCAUAAACAUGUAGAAAAUGGACUUCUAACAUACGCAGUGUAAUAUAUCAUACAUACAGUAGCCUGAGUUCUAUUCGCCAGGCCGAAAG